AUGUUCGAUUAUGAAUAUUAUUGUGAACAUUGACAUAAUAUUCUUGGCAUAUUAUUUAGUAAAUUCAAUCGGUAUUUUCGAAAAGAAAAACAUAAUAAAAAAACAAUGAAUAGACUUUUAUUUAAUCGAAGUGUUUUGAACACAAGUUUACCAAUUCGAAAUUAUUCAGUGAAAUCGUUGACAACACCAUUGGCACCGCCGUUAAGAAAUAUUACGAAAGAUCCAUCGCAAUUUGUAUACAAACCAAUUGUCUAUCAAUUAUCUACAAAUUGUUUGAAGCAAUUUUAUCGCAAAAAUUCAUCAUACGCACCAAUUAACAUUGAUACAUCGAAUUUGGCCAAAGAUGUGAUCAUUUUCAAAUACAAUAAUCCGAAAUAUUUCAAAUUGAUGAAUUUUUUCGGCUUUAUUCAGUUCUUCUUUUUCCUGAUAGCCUCCGAGUUUAUAUUAUCAACAUUACGUCAGACACCGGUCAAUGAAAAAGAUCCCGAUUUCGAUGCAAAACCAUUCUAUUUAAAAGUAAAUUUGGGUGAAAAUAAGUACAAAUAUGGUAUAUCAUUUGCCAGUUUUAUCUUUGGCUUGACAAUUCUGGGAUUUGUAUGGACGACCACAGUACGCAGUGUUCGGUUUUUGAUUCUGAGAAAGGGCGGUUCCUACGUUAGUUUCGUUACAUACGGCCCAUUUGGAAAAAAUCGCAUAAUGGAUGUACCAUUGAGAUUUGUAUCGGCUGUACAAUCGAGAAAUGUUGGCGCCAGUGCUCUUCCAAUUAAAGUGAAAGGCAAAACAUUUCAUUAUCUACUCGACAAACAAGGCCAAUACACAAAUCCAGAGAUAUUCGAUCAUGUGAUUAAUGUUAAACGACGCCUUUAAAACCAAAAACCGAAAACACACUCUGUAUAACUAUACACAAAUAAAGUCUUAUUUUAUGUAAUGAAAAAACAA